UCAAGGUCGCAACUACUAGAAGCAUGUCCAUGGGAGGGUUUUGGAAUACUACGAAGGUUAACUACAGUGAUGAAACUAAAAAGUUUUUGAAGGACCUUGUGAAAGAAUCAAAAAUUGCGAAUUUUUAUCGUCAGUCAAUAAGUAACUCAAUUGAAAAUGGGGAAAGCCUGAGCAUAAAUUUUAAAAAGACAUGCAAGGUUGGGAAAAUUUCACUCUCAGAACAGAAAAAGAAACUGAUUAAGAGGACUGGGAGGCCGCAAAGAAGAACGAAAUCACUGAUAGAACUUAGUGGUGCAUACGACCCAGUUCCAUAUAAACCGUCUCCAAUUACACUAAAUACAGGAGCCGCUGAGAAACUGCGUUUAGCACAUUUAAUGACAUAUGGUGAAGAGCCUACAUGGAAAUCACUGCAAAAUGAUCAAAUCAAAGAUGGAAGGUUAGAAUAUUUAGGUCGUCGUAUACUGAAAUAUCCCAAAGUCAAUGGUGAUGAUGAUUAUGAUGAUAAGCAAAUUGAAACCAAUAAGGAUAGAUUUGAAGAACUAAUAGAUGAAAUUAAUGAAAGAAGUGAAUUUUUGACACAAAUGAGAAAACUUGGACGACUUAAAGAAUAUCAAACAACUGUUGAAACAGAAAUAUCUCAAUGAGAAGACGUGACCAGUGGAGUCCAAUCUGCGUCAGAUGAAGACACUUAUCCACCUCAGACAAUGGAUGAAGGGUUGCGUAUGAUCAUGGAUCGAUUAAAGUUAGACUGACUUAGUUGUCUAGAGAUGAAGCGUCCGCACGUAGGACCGAAGGUUCACGUGCGGAAUCAUGAUUGCGCACUGCUGAGGGGUUCCAUACUAGGAGGAAACGGCCGUCCAUUGCCUUCGGGUUUUCAAUGGUGAUCUUGCUUAGAUCGACUCAUAAAUUCAACUAUUAAAAAAGAAAUAUUAGAAAAACUUAUCAUUUAAGUAGGUUUCUAUCUUAGAGGAUUCAUUAGUAAAUAGAGUUUGAAGAAACUAUGAAUAAGUGAUCUCUAAGAAGAAAAUUAACCGUAGGUAGAUCAUCAGUUAGUUUUUCUCAAAUUAACCUUAGUUACAAAUCAAUAUACUAUUGUACCUUUAUUAUGUACGCUUGAGCAUUGCUUACUACAUACUCAUGUAUUCAUUCUGCUAGCCUUGCUUACUAUUAAUCGCUUAAUUGAUUCGAUAAUUCAUUCAUUUCCAUUUGUAUAUAUAUGUACAUCUUAAUCCUGUUCAUUGACUCGCUUAUUCACUGUACUCGCUUACUCGCUGAUUCGAUCCAUCGAUCUCUCGUUUGCUUUGCGGCACUACUCUUUCAUGUUUGCUUAACGUGCAUGUAAUUUUGGAUAUCUGUGUUGUGGUUCAAUAAUAAACGCAAUCAACACUUUGUAUUCGUCUUCUGAUGAUUUAUACACAGUUGGAGCGUUAUCGAGUAACGGUUAUCCUGACAAACAAUAUACUAAGUUUAAGCAUAAUAUCAAAUACCGACCAUCAUCAUUUCACUAAUACUUUAGUUAAUAUCAUUUUUAAUGAAUAUAACCUGAUUAUUAUUUUAAGUUGUUCUUAGUUCAUUGAUAUUAUUAUAUGUUCCCCCUAUUUUCUUUAUAUAUUCUUAUGAAUAAUAAUAAUGAAGUUAAUACGUGAAAUGGAACAAAUUGAUUUGAAACGAACCAAACAAAUGAAUCAAAGUGAUCUGAACAAUUGAUUUCUUUGAUCAGAAAUCAAUCAGAUUGGCAAUGGAUACAUUUAUAUAAACAUAUCAGAACCCAUAAUGUAAAAAAUAAUUAUUUUUCCUCUUCUCGAUCUCUCUUUCUUUCUCCCUCUCUCUGUCUCCCUGUCUCUAUCCCGAAAACCCACUGUAUUAAUGCAUAUACAGUAUAUUUCUGAUUCAAUAAUUUAAUGUUUUGUCAAACUAUCAGUCUUAUCAUUGACCUAAAAAACGUUAAUAAAGGUUUAUCUAACUCUAGUUAGAUCGAAAGAUUUUAACAAAAUAUACAUCCC